CUGCUAUUGUUUUUGGUGAAAUCACAUAAGUACGGAUCCCGCAACGGGCACAUGCCUACCAACACUGAUCGACUUUAGCGUACCUAGUGCGUUCGUGCCCUCCACUGUAGGUUAGGUCAGGUUAGGCUAGGUGUAGUGCUUUGUGCCCGUGGCUCGCGAUAUCUGCGCCCCUCAAAAUACUCACCAACAUCCAUCACCCCGCCUCGAGGUAGCUUUACAGCUAUCCUAUCGAUACCGCGCCCUACAGCACAGCAUAUCAACGCCCUCAUAAUACCUCGCAUUUUUCUCGCCUCUCCGUUGCGAUUCAUUCUAUACCACGCCACUGCCGAGCGCAAUCCCUUGGCCCAGCCUCGUCAACUGGCAUCUGUUGCCCCUCGACAACAAAAGAGACGACCACGAUAGCGACACCAUGUCGACCUCUUCGGGCGUCCCCGAGUCCUGGAUAUCCAGUUUCUGCUCUCUGCUCGGCCAUGAAUACUUUGCCGAAGUCUCGGAGGAGUUUAUCGAGGAUGACUUCAACCUGACUGGUCUGCAGUCCCAGGUUGCCAUGUACAAGGAAGCAUUGGAGAUGAUCCUGGAUGUGGAACCAGAGGACGACGAGGAAGAGGAGGAAGAAGAGGAGGAGGAGGAGGACGAGAACGAGUCAGACCCAGAACGCUUGACCAGAGCAGCCAGCGAGCGGAGGCAUCACCGCAUGGCCAGCGACUUGUCCGUCAUCGAAUCCUCUGCCGAGAUGCUGUACGGCCUCAUCCACCAACGCUUUAUCUGCUCCAGGGCCGGCAUCCAGCAGAUGAGUGAAAAGUACGAACUGGGCCAUUUUGGUUGCUGUCCCAGGACAAACUGUGACCAAGCUCGCACUCUACCCGUUGGCCUCUCCGAUAUCCCUGGCGAGGACACGGUCAAGCUCUUCUGCCCAUCAUGUUUAGACGUUUACGUCCCGCCCAACAGCCGUUUCCAAACCGUUGACGGCGCCUUCUUUGGUCGUACUUUCGGCUCUCUCUUUCUCCUUACUUUCCCAGAAUAUGACCUUACUAAGCGUGGUAUCGAAGUGCUGUCAUCCACGAGCUCCCGUGUUAACGAAGGCGAUGGCCUCAUCAACGGCAUGUACGCAAAGAAUAUUGGCCCUGGUCUAGGCCGUGAGCGUAUAUACGAGCCUCGCAUUUAUGGUUUCCGCGUUUCUGAGAGAGCCCGUUCUGGCCCCAGGAUGCAGUGGCUCCGUGAACGCCCCACAGAUAUUAACGAGCUCGACGAAGCCCGUCUCUAUGCAGAACAGAACCCUGACUCGGAGGAUGACGACGAGAACAGCGGUCAAGCUGGUGUUAAUGGCAGAGUUAUGGUUCGUCGACGCCCUCCUGGAAACGCUCGCCUUCGCCAGAGACAGAACAACAAUGGUAGCCCCAUGGCUCUGUCCACUAAUGGAGCUGAAUCCGAGUUGUAGAGUGAUGGGCGCAUACGGCUGGUCUCAUAUAUAUCCCUUCGCGACUCCAGACCCGGUAGAUGUUAGGACUGUUAAUGAAAUAUUCCUAUCUUUUUCAGGGGAAGAUUUCGACAUCAGGCUACCUGGAUAUUUGGCAAUAAUGCCUAAUGACUGCAUCAUGGAAACAAGGCGUAGACGCACUGGAGACGCAUUAGGAAGGGCUAAGCAUGAUGGUGUCACGGGGUGGGAGGAAGGGUACCAUUGGGUUUUUGCUUUGCAGGAUUAAUGCAUAGACGGCGUUGAACGUUUGAUAGGUAGGCUAUGGAAAAUACACAUCAAAUGCACACUUAUGACAACUCAAGGAAUCUACC